AUGUGGGGUAGUCUUUUCAGCUGGAUAUCCCUCAUUUUCUGGCCGCUAGCCGAGUAUCCCAUCCCACCCAUCCAGCCGCAGUGGCGGCUGCGGCCUGAGAAUCGGCCUUGGCAAGAUAUCAUCACAGGCGUGUACGGAGUGCCGCCUUUACUCAAAAUCCACGAUCGAAAUAGCAAUGUGAAAUGGAGCUGGGAACGCAGAGACGUCACGCAGAGUCUUCCCCCCAGCAUCCAACGCUGUCUGUAUAGCUCGGCGAACGAUGCGACCGAAAUAAAGUGGAUGCGAAACGGUACCAGUAUCGCUGCUAUAUACAGUGAUCUCGUCCUGGUCAUCAACCAUACGCCGCACGAUCCAGCGACCGACAAGCGGAUUACAUUCGCCGUCUGUAGGGACAAUCAAUUUCUAGGGAAUGCUCACACCGUGGAGCCGUUACCUGGCGAUCGACUUGCGGUAGCUACCACCGGACAGCGACCCUGGGAUGGCAUCCUCGUGUACAACAUGAGCCAGGACAACUCCCUCAUCGAGGACCCGCCGAUUCUACAGAACAUCACCGGUCUCCGCGCUAUUCACGCCAUGAUCUGGGACGAACAGGAGCAGAUGCUGUGGGCGACCGGCACGGACGCUGCGGCUGAUGGUUCCGAUGAUAUUCCUGCGUACGGAACGAUUCAAGGCUAUCCAUUCAACGCGACGACAGGUGAGCUGCGUAAGGACGAUACAUAUGUCUAUAAGCUCCCACACGCAUACCACCUCGACAGUGAAUGGGGCCAUGGGUACCCAUGGUGGGCUGGGCCUCACGAUCUGGUGCCUGUCCCGAAUCAGCGCAAAUUCCUUAUCUCGAAUGAUAUUGGUCUGCACGCCUUCGAUAUCGAGCUCGGGGAGUUCACCGGGGAGAAUGAGGAGGUGGUAGAGAAAUAUAUGAGAGGAUUUGAGGUCACGACGCCCGAUCGCCACGGAUACAAUCGCGACGGAGAAUGGGAGGAACUGCCGCAGUCGGACCUUAAGAGCUUCAAUCUCGCUCCGGAUGGAAGCUUCAUCUAUGUGCAAUCGCUGUGGCGGGCGUACCGCGGCUUCCAUAUCAGUUUGGUCGUCAAUGGGCAGCGUCGAAAGAUUAACAUGGGCGAUGAGAUCUACCGAUCGCGGUGGUUCGGAGAUAUUGAUGGCUGGCCCAAACCAAAGACAUAG